ACGUCAAAUAAGAAAAUAAGUACUUCUCAGUCGUUAAUUUUCUAUGUUGGCUUUACGGAGCACAAUGCGCAAGUUCGAUUUAAGUCAAGGAAUACUUUUAUCAAAUUUUGUGCUUAUAAUAUUAAUAUCAAAAUAAUUGCUUUCUAAAAUCAAGAACAGAUAAAUUAAUUGACAUAUCUUUAAUUAUAUACAAAUGUUACUUUUAAAAUGUUUGAGUCCUCGCUUAUCAGUGCUAAUGAUUUAAAUGAACGUCUGCUGGCAGCUAUUCAAAUUUGCAAUUAUGAAGAUGUCUUGCAUUAUCUUAUAAAAGGAGCGAAAGCAACUCUUGUUUCGUCUUCUAGUGGUCGUACUGGUGUUGGAACAGCUGCAUUGGUUGGCGAUGCUGAAAUCCUAGAGCUUUUGAUACAAUCAUGUGAAGAGCCGGAUUCAGAUAUUUUCAAGAAAAGUAAUUUAAAGUCAAAAGAAAUUGAAGUAGAUUGCACACCAGAUGGCAUGGAUAAUCUUGAAUGGGAGGAUGAGUUCUUAGCAAAUUGUACUGAUACAAAUAAUUGUGCGCCUGAUGAAAUAGAGGCCGAAUAUACAUCCUUAUAUUAUUACUACGCCAAAACUUUUGAGCAAACUGGUGCCAUUAUAAGUAGUAUUGAUGAUAUGGAGUUUCGUAAUCAUUGCAUUAUGACGCAAGAUCCACAUACUAUGGAUGCAUUACUAAUGACACCUUUACACUAUGCAGCAGUUUGCGGACAUAUGGAGUGUACAACAAUUCUAAUGGAUCAUGGUGCGAAUCCUAAUUUAAAAACAAUUAAUACUGGUGAGACUGCUUUGCAUUUAGCUAUCAAAAAUCGUUGCACUGAAGUGGCUAACUUCAUAAUAGAAAAUACAAGUAAUGUUAACGAAACAGAUGAUUUGAACCAGACGCCUCUUAUAUGCGCUAUAAUUUGUGGCUUAAAUGCAAUUGCCUAUACAUUAAUUGAUAGAGGUGCCCGCAUAAAUUUACAUGACAAAGACAAUCAUACUGCACUUUACUACGCUGUUGCACAAAACGAUGUCCAAAUGGCUGCGUGCCUGAUCCGUCAUGGAGCACGACGUGUCACAUCUCACUAUUUAUUGCAUCAUUGCGUGCGUUUCAAUUUUAAGAACAUGGCGGAGCUAUUGCUUAAUAAUGAAAACGGCGAAAGCCUAAAUGUACUCAAUAAUGAAGGAGUAUCACCUAUAUGGCUUGCGGUGAUACUUAAAAAUGUAGAUAUGUUAGAAUUUUUAUUGACAACACUGAAGCAUUAUAAAAUUGUAAAUGGUAGUUAUUUAACCGAAAUAAAAUAUGUGGAAGAUGAACUUAUGUUGGCCAUAAACUGCUUCCAAAACGUAAUCGAGUUCAAACCUAUUGCACGUGUACUGUUCGCAUAUAGCGGAGGAGAUUGGCUACUCCAUACACCAAAAUUUCCUAAAUGCCAAGCUGCCUAUUGCAAGACUCUGCUUGGCCGCGCAAUUAUGCUCAAGAAAUAUGAUAUUGCGGAGUUUCUUAUUAAGGAAGGCAUUAACGUUAAUAAAGUUUGUCAGGAACAUGUUGUGUAUCACUUGCGUUCCAAUCCUGAAAUUGGAUUUAACUUGGUAAAGCUGUUAGUUUGCACUGGCUUUCAAUUUCCCGUCAAAAUAACUCAAAAGUCUACAGAUUGCAGUGUGGAGAGCAAAACAUUUGAAGAGAAUAUUCGUAAACUAAAUUCUAUGCCAUUAUCCUUACAACUGCUGUCACGAAUUGUAAUUCGCCAACAUUUUAUAAAUCUCUUGCAAAAUUCAAAAAUGGUAAAUCGCAUGUACACAGCAACUCGGGAAAGUUCUACAUUGGCUUUUAUGAUUAAAGAAUUGGAUAUACCAUUACCACUUAAAAAUUUCUUGAUAUAUUUUAAUGAUUGUCCGGAUUUGCAAACUAAGGUUAAUUAUUAAACACUUUUAACAAAGCGGACAUUACCAUUCUAAUCAAUAAGAGUAUCAACUAAAAAUGGAACGAUCGAAGUCAUAAGAAAAAAGCAUCGAAAACUACUUAAUCAUAUUUUGGAAAUACGGACUGUCUAAGUGCAUUUGAUAUAAUAUUUGCAGAUUAUGUAUUACUUAUAAUGGUUACACAUGUUUUUAAAAAUUGCAAAACUUAUUAUACAAUGACAAUUAAUGUUAAAUUAACUUGCUGGAAACAUUUUCUUAGUUCCAACCACAGUUAAGGUAUACGAUUAAUUUUAAUCUCGGGAAUGUUAUUAAAGAGUACUUUGACACUAUCGCAAUUUAUUCGAAACAUGUGAAAUAAUAAAUAUCAUUAUUAAA